GCCCACCCCCCUGCCCUUCGCUCUUGCCUCUAUCUGGCUCGGUGGCUCCGUCUCUCGCCGGCGUUGCCUCGGCCUCGCUCUCGCCGCCUCACCCCCGGUUUGGGGGCUUCGCCCUUUGUCUGGCUCCGUCGCUCGCCGGCCUCGUUCUCACCGCCUCGGUCGUCUCGUCGUUCGCCGGCUCUCCCCUCGGACCUCGGUCUCUCGCAGUCUCGCUCUCGCUAGCUGCUGCCUCUCUGAGCUCUCUCGCAGCCUCGCUCCGUCGCUCUCCGGCGUCGCCGGCUCGCCCCUCCGGGCUCCGGUCCUCCGUCGCUCGUUGCCGCCUGCCUGACUGCCUCUCCGGCUCUCCGUCUCGGCCCUGCUUCACGUAAUCAGUGAGCAGCACAGCACUUGGUGGGAAGAAACAAAGAGAAGACUAGAGACCCACUCUUCGCCGCCGACUUGCUGAAGGGCCGUCACCUACCACCGCCGACUGCCAUUGCAUCCUCCCUCUUUGCCACCUCUCGCCGUUGCAUCCUCCCUCUCUGUCGCCUCUUGCCGCUGCAACACACCCUUCCCUCUGUCGUUGCACACCCCUAGUGCAAACGACAUCGCGUUGAAGUUCAGUUGUCUUCUUCGUUUUGAAACUAUUCCCAUUAAACCCUAAUUAUGAUAUAUCUAUAAACUUGUUCUUUUGUUCUUAGCGUUCCCACACUUCUUCAGAGCUUGAAAGGGCAAAUAUUCACAUAUGGGGAAGACUAGUUUGCGAUCGGAGUCGUCGACUCAUGCCGAUCGCAAGUUCGAGAAGAAACUUCAGUUCUAUGCCAAGGUUAGAGAUACAGUUGCUUCAUUAGGUGUGCAAAAAGCUAUUAGUAAGAACAAAAAAGUUAGAAGCCAAAAAAAGAAAUUGGAAGCAUAUGAUCUUUCAUCCCUGUCAGAGUUCCUUCCGGACUUGAAGGUUUCAAAGCAAGUAGCUAAAUUUAAAUUGAAUAGCAAAUCCAGGCAGACUCUAAUACUAAGAGAAGCAAAUCAAUUACAGGCAGUUCUUAACCAUCCUGCUUUCCUGUUGGACCCGUUGGUUGCCAUUCAUCAACACUUGCACAGCACCCAACCUGUAACAGACCAGAAACCAGAAAGAAAGCACAUUAAAAGUGGGCGGAAGCAGCAGCAGCAGCAGAAGAAGAAGUCUAAAACCUCCCAGUCUAUGGAGAUCUGAUUCAAGAUAUCGUGGCUUUUAUUAGCCAGCUGGUAUACAAGUCUAGCAACGUGGGAGGCCUUCAACCAUUUCAUUGCUCAAAGUUGAAUAUGUUUUGCAGUAUCAAGGCCUUUUAAGGUUUUUGGAUUGGAAAAAUGUAAAUGAAUUUGCCCCAGUUUUAUAUGUUUUUGGGUGUUCAUUCAUGCUCCAAGAUGACAUAUUCCACACAAGAAGAGGACGAAUUGUUCCAAGGAAUGAAGAAUCCAAAGUAUUCAAAGAAGCAUUUGAACAAUUUUCCUGCUU